CAGCGAAACACUGACGUGUGACGCUUAACCCAAAUAGGCUCCCUGCCCGAGACCUGGAAGGCCAUCGAGACGGCCAGGAGAGUCUCUGGAGAGUACCUUCAUCGCCCAUAGCUACAUCUCGUGAACCCACCUCGAUUCGCUCGUUUCCACCUUCGAACUGGCCAUUCGUUUUGUACCAUGAUUCGCGGGCGCGAUGUCUUGCCUCCUCCAACCAUAGCGAGGACUGGGCAGCAGAAGCCCGCUCUACCCCAGAGACAAAAACCACCCGCUCCACCACCCCCGUCGUCCGCCCCUCCUCCUCCUCUGCCAAGCAGGAAGAUUGCACACCACUCCAACGCGCCUCCCACUCUGCCACCCAGAAAAUCCUCCGAUUUGCGCAAAUCAGGCGAUUCAUGCUUCUCGACAUCCUCUGUUUCGACGAACCGCACCGCAACUAGCCGUUCUAGGGGCUCCUCGCCCAAAAAUGUCCUUCGCGCACCAGCAUGGGGAGAGGCUACGCUGCCUCCAUUACCUCCGAAGAAGGCAAAUGGAAACAGGGUAGCAGGGGAUAGGGCACCUGGAGGCCAGCAUUCGGACACCGUGAUCGCAUCCAACGGGAAGCACCUCUCCCCUAAUGCUUCCUGUCGGGGACGGGUGACUCUACUGGCUCAAUUACAUGAAACGAAAACCGGCAAGAGUCAAGUGGGAGUCCAUAAUGUUAAAGCUCCCCCUUCUUAUGAAUACAAUAGAGGAGACUUCCCAAAGGAUGUUCCUAUAUCAGCCCCCAAGCUUCCAUCACGUCCGAAGCCUUCCAUUCCCACCACGGAAACCGCAAUAUCCGUGGCCAAGAAUCAGAUAUUGCAUGACCCUCCGAGUGUUCCUCAGAGGAAAAUACCACCACCCCCACCGCCGCCUGCGACACUCAAGAAGAUCAAGGAAUCAUCACUCGCUACAUUAAGCAAAUCCAACGGCGUGCCUCCCCCUAUUCCCCAGACCUCUCGGAGGUUGGAGAGCAAUCAAUCUCCUGCUCCGACUCCACCUCCGGUUCCGAUUUCUUCUCGCCCUGAUCUAUCUAAACUGCAGGCAACAAAGCCACGAAUUGCACCAGCUACUCCCCCUCCCCCUACAAAUACCCUUCAGUGUUUGAAAUGCCGUGACUUUUCUGGGCCUGAUACGUAUGCGACACGUUUUCCGCGGCAGUCACUCCCAACACAAGAUCUUUCCUGGCUGGCUGUGCAACUCACCAGUUCGUUCCCUUCUGCCACGGACAAAGCUCGAGUUAUCUUCACAUGGCUCCACCAUAAUAUCGAAUACGAUGUGGUCUCCUUCUUCAACCACUCCGUGAAGCCAUCAACUCCCGAGCAGACCCUACAGACCGGACUGGCCGUGUGUGAAGGUUACGCCGGACUCUUUGAAAGACUGGCAACCCACGCAGGUCUAGAGGCCCGCACGAUCAGCGGACAUGGAAAAGGGUAUGGGUUUGAAAAGCUUGCUCCGGGAUCGCCUCUGCCACCAUUUACGGCCAGCCAUGCUUGGAACGUGGUGCGGAUCGAUGACGGCAAGUGGAAACUCAUCGACUGCUGCUGGGGUGCCGGGUGCGUGGACGGUCAUAACCGGCCAUACAUCAAACGCUUUGCUCCAGAGUGCUUCACCAUGUCGAACGAUGACUUUGGCCUGCGCCAUUAUCCAAGCGAUAAGACCCAGUUCUACCGCGACGACGGCAGACCUAGCAUCUCAUGGGAAGAGUACAUCCUCACCAACGGCCCAAAGGGGGUGGAUGAAUCGGUCACGGUGUUUACAAAUGUAGCUGCCGACCAUGGUAUUGGCGACAUGACCUUCCAACCCCUUUCGAAAUUCAUCUCCAUAAGCACACCCGGACCCAUGCAUUUCGAGUUCGCGCUCAUCUGCGAACACUGGACUCUCACAAAGCACAGCCACAAGAGCGCGCCGUACGUGUUCAUGAUCGGGAUCCACGGCAUUGACGGCCGAAAGGACGAUUUCGUACCCUUUGAAUACAUUCGCGGCUCAGGCCCAGGCGGUGGAGGAGACCGCUGGUCCCUAGAUAUCCCCGAUCCAACGACUCUAGGCGCCCCGGGACAAACUCUGACACUAUUCGCUCUGACCAGCUAUGGUGAUAACCAAGAUGGCAGAGGUUUAACGGUGCGGGAGUUUCUUGAAAUGAGAGGCAGAAAGGCUAUGGGCUGGUCGGGAGUUGCCCAGUGGCAGCUCGUGGCAUGAGUGAUUGAGGAUUGCUUUCAUCGCAUCCUUGCCACCCCAUGCUACCACACGCGCUUCAGGCUCCCUUUUUUUCCCCCCUCCGUUAGCAUUUGCUACGUUGGGUGGGCUUCCUUUGGGUUAAAAAUACGUACACGCAGUGAAUUUCCUUUGGAAUUUAUCGCCUUCUGUUCUUUUUCAUCCCUUAAUAGCCUCCUACUCAUCACUUUGAUUGCCUCUUUUUUAUCCGUUUUUUUUCUCCCCUGUUUGAUGAGCAAUUUUUUUUUAUUAUUUGUAAAGGAGAUCCAUCCGACGGAGGGAGCCCUUAUGCCACCACCUCCCCUUAAUUCCUUUACCUUUUAACUGCAUCACAGGAACUCCUGGGACGCCAAUAAUGUGUUAUAAUGACCUGGAGUAUGAAGCACAAAAAAGUGAUGUAAAUCAAGGCCAUAAAAAUAUGAUAAGAUGUGUAAAUUUUUCUUAU